UCGCAGGUCAGCGGAGAAGCGCGACUUGGCGUAGGGGAGGGUGGCGCUUAAACAAAAAGCGACAGCGGCUGACCGACCAUGUGAACGCGAACCAGACCGACGGGAAACGGAGAUCACCGAGGGUCAACAGAUGAUCGCUUUCAUGCAGAUCCGAUAGGAUUUUAAUGUUGGGGUUUACCUGGGAAGUGUUCGCCUAUAAGCCGUGAGGAGAGCGUUCCCGGUCGACAAAGCCUGUAGGAGAAUUUUAAAAACAGGCGCGCAGUUGAAGAAGGGGAAACUAUUAAAGAGCGCUUUAAUUACGACUCAAUCACACAUGAGCUGCGUCUCAUGAGAGAAGACAGCGCGGAUCUCUGAGCUGCCUUCCCGGAGGAUCUGUCGUCCAGGUUAAGCAAAUGUGCGGUUAAGUGUUGCUGGUUCGGAACCUCGCAGCUUUACGCGAUACGCGGCGUGGUGUCAUCUGGUAACUUUGGUGGUAUCGCCUACCCAGAGUCGCUCCCCGAGUCGGUGUGAUCAUGCUUCAGAAUGGUAACGGGAAGGAAGAACCGCAGCAGCCAGCGAAGACCGAUGGAUCCGAACCAGAGCCCCCGGCUGUCAGCCCGGAGGAGCCGCAGACGCAGACGCAGCCUGCGCCCCCAGCCGAUGACAGGAAGGGCACGGACACCGGCUCCACACACUUCCCCAUGCCCGUCUAUCCCAAACUGGAGAUAAAGCGCAACGCAGUGACUGAUGAGUACAAGAUUUCCAGUCAGGUUCUGGGCUUGGGGAUCAACGGCAAGGUUCUGGAGUGCUUUAACAAGAAGACUGGAGAGAAGUGCGCUCUGAAGAUUCUCUACGACAGUCCCAAGGCAAGACGAGAGGUGGAGUUACACUGGCGAGUCUCAGGAGGGCCGUACAUCGUUCGCAUCCUGAGCCUGUAUGAGAACAUGCACCACGGCAAGAAGUGCCUGCUCAUCAUCAUGGAGUGUAUGGAAGGAGGAGAGCUGUUCAGCAGAAUCCAGGCCAGAGGAGACCAGGCCUUCACUGAAAAAGAGGCGUCUGAGAUCAUGAGAGACAUCGGCACAGCCAUCGCGUUUCUGCACAACAUCGACAUCGCCCACAGAGACAUCAAGCCGGAGAACCUGCUUUAUACCACUAAAGCUAGAAACGCAGUCCUCAAGCUGACAGACUUCGGCUUUGCGAAAGAGACAACGCUACAUAACCCCCUGCAGACCCCCUGCUACACACCCUACUAUGUGGCUCCUGAGGUUCUGGGUCCGGAGAAGUAUGACAAGUCAUGUGACAUGUGGUCUCUGGGCGUCAUCAUGUACAUCCUGUUGUGUGGCUACCCUCCCUUCUACUCCAACACCGGUCAGGCUAUUUCUCCGGGAAUGAAGAGAAGGAUCAGAAUGGGCCAGUAUGAGUUCCCUACUCCAGAGUGGUCUGAGGUUUCAAAGGAAGCUAAAGCUCUGAUCCAGCAGCUACUGAAGACAGACCCGAACGAGAGAAUGACCAUCACUCAGUUUAUGAACCACCCCUGGAUCAACCAGUCCAUGAUGGUUCCCUCCACGCCGCUGCACACCACCCGUGUCCUGAAUGAAGACAAGGAGCUGUGGGAGGACGUGAAAGAGGAGAUGACCAGCGCCUUGGCGACCAUGCGCGUGGACUACGACCAGGUGAAGAUCAAGGACCUCGACACAUCCAGCAACCCUCUUCUCAACAAGAGGCGCAAGAAGGCGGCCGCGGGGGCCAAGGGCGGCUCCACGGUCUGCCAGAGUCAGUGAGACGAGGAAGAGCCUCUGUGGAAAAGUCCUGACCGAACGGCGUCAGCGAUGAAGAGAGGAAGAGGAAGCGUUGGAUGAAAUUACUCAAAAAAGUCUCGACAGACUGGAAGUUAAAAUCCAGGGAGGGGGGAGGGCAGAAAAGGAGAAUUAUAGCUGGACGUUUGUUCCUGUCAGUGGCAGAAAUCAACAGCUCUGCUUUCUGUGCGUCUAUUUGUGUUAAUUAUUUUUAUCCGUGCAGUUUUUUUUUUUUGUUUUUUUGUUUUUUUUAGAGCUAGAUUGUUUAUAAGAGUGUCUGUGUGCAGACACGAGGCAUCUGCGGUGAUAUGUUUUUGCAUUCCUAUGCUGGAUUGCUUAAAGUAGAGAUCACAAAGAAACAAACUGCAGAGAGAGAGGAGAGAGAAAGAGACUGUGAAGCGCUGCCUAUCGCCUGUGAUGUCAUGAUAUUGUCUAUUAGCUGUUUUCCCUUUUAAUUAAAGCACAGUCUCACACCAA